GUUUAGUGAUUUUGGGUGUUGCUGUUGGCACCGUUGACUUGCCCAAUAAACGUUUUUAACCCAAUAUCGUGUACAAAAUCAAUUGUAAUUAGGUUUUACAUUAAUUUAUUUCACUCAAAUCGUUUUUAUCUGUAUAAAAGUGGUCGUUUUAUCAAUUUUUAUCUUUAUUGGUCUUUUUUGUCAUUUUGUCACCUGUCAUCAUGUCUGACAAGAGUGGUGCGAAGGAUUCGCCGGACGACAAGCCCCAAAUCGACGGAAACAUGGAAGGCAAUUCCCAAACAAAAAGCUCAAAAAAACGCAACAAGAAGAAACACCAAGAAACCAAACCGGAAAAUGAAGCCGAACUUUUAUCAAAUUUUACCAAACCACUGAACACCAUCUCAAUUCAGGGCUUACGUGCGGCCAUGGAAGCCCUAACCAUGAACCAGAAACCGGCGAAAACCCCCGAAGAAGCCCUAACCAAGUCGUACCAGUUUUGGAACACCCAACCUGUGCCUAAAAUGGAUGAGAAAAUCACGGUGAAUGAAGCGAUUGAGCCCGAUCGAGAUGUCUCGGAGAUCAGGGCGGAGCCCUACAGCCUCCCGGACGGCUUCACCUGGGACACUCUCAACCUGGAUGAGCCCCUCGUCCUCAAAGAACUCUACACGUUGCUCAAUGAGAACUACGUGGAGGACGACGACUGCAUGUUUCGUUUCGACUACCAACCGGAGUUUCUCAAGUGGGCGCUACAGCCCCCCGGGUGGCGCAAAGACUGGCAUUGUGGGGUCCGUGUGGUCAAGAGUGGGCGUCUCGUCGGUUUCAUUUCCGCCAUUCCCGCAACGUUGAAAAUCUACGAAAAGAUGCAGAAAAUGGUCGAGAUCAAUUUCCUCUGCGUGCAUAAAAGAUUGCGCUCGAAACGAGUCGCUCCGGUUUUAAUCCGGGAGAUUACACGACGGGUGCACCUCACCGGACUUUUCCAGGCGGUUUACACCGCCGGAAUCGUCCUACCGAAGCCGGUGGGGACGUGUCGGUAUUGGCACAGGUCUCUCAACCCCAAGAAACUAAUCGAAGUGAAAUUUUCACACUUGUCGCGAAACAUGACUAUGCAAAGGACUCUCAAACUUUACAAACUCCCGGAAAGUCCAAGAACUCCGGGAUUUAGGAAAAUGACGGAGGCGGAUGUGCCCCAAACACACAAACUUUUAACUCAAUACUUGAGAAAAUUCGAUUUGUCGCCGGUUUUCACCGAGGAGGAUUUCAUCCAUUGGUUCCUCCCUCGACCCGACAUCGUUGAGAGUUUCGUGGUGGAGAAGGAGGGCAAAGUGACGGAUUUCGUCAGUUAUUACACUUUGCCCUCCACAGUGAUGCAUCAUCCGGUUCAUACAAGUUUAAAGGCGGCUUAUUCGUUUUAUAACGUGUCGGGGGAAACCCCCUGGGUGGAUUUGAUGAAUGAUGCGUUAAUUUCGGCCAAACAGUUGAAUUUCGACGUUUUCAACGCCUUGGAUCUGAUGGAUAAUCGCGAGUUUUUGGAGACGCUCAAAUUUGGGAUUGGGGAUGGCAAUUUGCAAUAUUAUUUGUACAAUUGGAAGUGUCCAAGUAUGGCACCGCAUCGAAUGGGUCUAGUCUUGCAAUAAAUUUAAGAUUUAAAAGUGAAAAGAGUUUUUUUUCCGGUGGGCGAAGCACGAUUUGUUCUUUAGUUGAAUAAAAAUGUACAAGAUU